UUGAGCGACGCAAUAGAAUGAUGCACCCUGAUUGAAUUGUACAAAACUUGUUACUCAGCUAUAUCUUUUUAAUAUAUAUAUAUAGUUUAUGAGCGUUUGUUGAUCUGUUUACAGACACAAUGAAUACAAUAGUAAACGGUUUUGAUAAAAAUACCAACACUCCCCACAAGAAAGUCGAAGUAUGCCGUUUGUGUGGAGAAAAGUCUCUCGACUACAUUUCAAUAUUUCAGGACAAAGAUAACUAUAUUCUCGAAAAAAUGAGUAGGUGCUUGCCGAUCGUUAUUUUUCCAAACGACAAAUUACCCUCCAAUGUAUGUAAACGUUGUCUAAAUUACUUAAAUAUUAGUUGUAAACUGAUUCUCACCGCGGUGGAGGUGGACGAGCGACUGAGGAGGCAAUUAGAUCAGAACGAUGCUUGUACAGAUAAAGAUGUGUCUUGUGAGGCAUCUAAAAUCUCUGAGCCAAAUAUCGCAUCGUCGUUGACGUUAAAGGAACUGAGAAGACAAGCUGUUUGCGGCCCGAUCGAGUGCGAUCUGUGUGACAUGAAUUUUCAAGAUGUAGACACAUUUGAUAAUCAUAUGGAGCAGUUUCAUUUUUUAAAGUGGAGAUGUAGCCUCUGCGACAACAGCUUUUAUGAGUCUACCGAACUGAUAGCACACAAGAUACUGAGGCAUAGCGGUAAUAUUGUAAUAUGCAAUUCCUGUCGAUGCACCAUGAGUCAAAAUAAUAAACAGAAGCUUACCGAUAGGAAUGUUCAGAAUAGUAAGAUUACAAGUAAGAAUAUACCGAACAAUCAAAUACGCAUUAAUAAUACGACUAAUGAACAAUCGAUUGUAAAUAAAAAAACUAUUGACUAUCAGAUCAAACGAGAGAUUACAGAUGCGACAAAUGCCCAGAAUGAUCAAAAUAUUGAACGAGAGAUCACAAACAAGAAAAAUGCUCAAAAUGAAAUUGGUUACAAAAAAGGAGUUACUUCAACGGAAGAAACAGCAGCGUCAAUUAAUUUAACAGUGGAUACCAAAAUUGAUAUCGAUGAAACGAAGUAUAAAGAUCUGUUGCAAGCUUCGAUGAAAGCAACUGAUAACAAUUCUGACUUGGGUGUAAAUAAUGAAACUACAGAGAACCGUCAAAGAUUAUCGGACCUCAAAACGGUCAAGGAAAAGGGAUUGUUUUGCGAGACUUGCAAGUUUCACUUCGAGGAGGAGCGACAUUUUGAAGCCCACAAUAGGAUACACGUCGAAAGAAAUGUGACUUGUACCACGUGCACCGCAAAAUGCUCGUCUACGUACGAUUUAUUUCUUCACAGACGUAAAAAGCAUAAUCUGUUUAAAAAGGAAGAAUUGAAGUACGCGUGCAGGAAGUGUGGGAGAUUCUUUUCGCACAGCUGGUCCUGGGAGAAUCACGACGAGGAUGAGUGCUUCAAAACGGCCGACAAGUGUUGCAAAUAUUGCAACGCAUUGUUCACGACAGAUAUCAAUCUGAUAAAUCACUUGAAGAGGAAACAUAACAGAGCUCACUUCGGGCACGAGUGCAGUCGCUGCAAUGCGGUAUUUAAGAAAAAGUGGGACCUAAACAAACACGUACAAGAGGUCCACGAUUUACGGCCGGCCAAAAGACUCACGAAAAAAAGCACAAUUUACAUCUGCAAAUUUUGCGGCAAGAAGCUCAAUACAAGUCAAUCGUUGGGAAAUCACGAGAGAAUACACACUGGAGAAAUGCCGUACAGUUGUCCGAUAUGUCACCAGUCCUUCCGGACUUACGUCACGAAAUGGACUCAUGUACAACGCCAUCAGAAAGGAACUUUCGUGUGUGAUCGUUGUGGAAAGUGCUUCAGUUACAAACGCAAUUUGCGUGUGCAUAUUAUGACGCAUCUGCCGGUGGAGGCUCGCAAGUAUCAGUGCAACAUAUGCGGGAAGAAGUUUGUAAGGAACUCUACGCUCACCAUUCACAAACGCAUUCACAGUGGAGUACGGCCUUACGAAUGCGACGUGUGCUCGUUCAGCUUCAAGCAAAAAGGCGACAUGAAACGGCACCGAAUGCGGCACUUUAAGAAUGAAGACGAGCAUGCAAAAAAUACAUGAUCUAAGGAGCAGAUUUGAAAAACUAAUUGACUACGGUCUUCUGCUCACAAUUAAAUAAUAAGUAAUGGAUUAGCGCAUGUGAAAAGAGCAGAAGACCGAUUAUGUUUGACGGUGUAAUUCCUUUUAAAUUCAGUUGAAUACGUACUUUACAAGGAUUGACGAAGAUUAAUUAUUUGAGAACAAACCAAUUUUGUUUUAACUAAAAAAUUCAUUUUUUAUAAUAUAAAUACGUAAAUAUAUAUAAUAAGUUCUAUAAUUAUUUUAUAAAUAAUUGCAUUCUGAAUUCUGAUCAUUCUCAAACUUCUGUUAAUUUCAAUAAUAAGUAAAUGAAUGGCACGUAUGAAAAGGGUAGACGGUCGUGUGGUUGUGUGAGACAGUGCCAUUCCAAUUUAAUUCAAUAUAUAUAAGUAUGUAAUUUUCUCAAAGAUUGACACGAUAUUUCAAAAGUAGCAAAUUUUAUAACAAUGAAAUAUAAUAAGUUCUAUAAUUAUUUUAUGAAUAAUUGCAUUCUGAAUUCUGAUCAUUCUCAAACUUCUGUUAAUUUCAAUAAUAAGUAAAUGAAUGGCACGUAUGAAAAGGGUAGACGGUCAUGUGGUUGUAUGAGACAGUGCCAUUCCAAUUUAAUUCAGUAUAUACAAGUAUGUAAUUUUCUCGAAGAUUGACACGAUAUUUCAAAAGUAGCAAAUUUUAUUUUCGGUAAAAAAUCCAUUUCUUAUAAAUAUAUAUAAGAAGUUCCAUAAUUAUUUUAUAUAAAU